AGUAAUGCCACUGGCACAAAGUUUCAAACAUUUUCCGAAUUUUCAAAGCAACACAACACUCGAAAAAUACAAAACAGAUAUUCUCAACGGAAAAUUCAUUCAGAAUUUUUUGUUGUCUCUUGUUAAUUUGUUUAUCGCGUAGCCUUUGUGGCUGCUGGCGCCGUUGCUCGACGUCGGCGUCUCCGUUUGUGGCCUAGUUGUUGUUGUUAUUGGCCAUCUUUGUUUGGUGUGAGUGAGAUUGGGCAACUUCGAAAUCAGCAACAACAGAAAAAUUCUUGUAUACGGUUUUCAACGGUCACACCGAACUGCACGCAGCGAGUCGAACGCGGAAACAAGUGGAAAAUCGUGAGGAAAACAACAAAAUCGCGUUUAGUGAAAAUAUUUUCCAAAAAAAAAGUAAAUUUACACAACAAAUCUUGUGUUUUUAUUUCGAGUGAAAGAAAUUCAUACAAAAAGAAGUGAAAUUUCCCAAUCACAGCAGCAGCAACAACACAACAAUAAUAAUAGGAAAACGCUAAACCCCAGUUAGUUCAAUACGACGACACACGACUCCAACGAUUAACACUGCCUUCGAUGACGAUACAUUGCUGAAUCCCGGUUCAAACACUACUGAAAGCAAUUUCCUCAAAGACUUCAAAGUCUGAGUUCCAGAGUUCAAAAGCUCAGUCCACCGACUCUAAAGAUAAGAAAAUGGUCCUGCCAUUCGGCCUAGGUUCGGAUGGACACCAUAAUCCGGAUGGCAGUGCAGACGGCAAGAACAAGGCGGCCACUAGUACGGCCGGUGGUGGCGGCGGUGAUAGCAGCAGCAAUACUGCAACUAGCAAUACUAACCGAACAGUGGCCUAUGCACCCACGGCGCCACCCUACUUUGGGCGGGCGCACACAAAUGUGUCGACCGGUGUACCCGUAAUUCCGUGUCCCUACAUUGACUUCAUAAUUGUCAACGGCGACGAUCGCUAUAUGAUACGGUGCGAACGAAAAGCCGUACUGGAGAAUAGCGUGGAGCUGGCCAAACUGAUCCAUGCCGGCCCCAACAGCGGACGCAAAGGUGAUAAUCAUUUUCAGAUCUCAAAUGUAGAUAAACAUGAUUUCGAACUUGUCAUACGAUUUUUGGAAACAAAAUUUGUCAAAUAUCGUGAUCAUUUGCAUAUAUUGAAAAUCCUUGAAUUGGCUGACCGAUACAAUUGUCCCGAUUUGAUUAUACACUGCAUUCGAGAAUUGGAUCUGCAGCUGAGCAGUGCAACGGUGAUCGAUGUGUUUCGGGCUCUGUGGUUCUACCAGGGCAUCACGCCGACCAAUCCCCAUCAGAUCGGCUCGGUUAUAACGACACAGGAGUUGGCCUCGAAGAAGAGCAAACGCAAGGCCCACCAGCAAGCCGUUAUGAAUUCAACAAGUGCCAAUCCAAAUUCCGCUCCGAGCACAAACUCAACACAGAUACCCGCCCCAAACCCGAAUCCCUUCACAACCGAAGACUACGGAGUUGCCUUGCUGCACAACGCACUGCAACUCAUUGACAUGCAUGCGGAACUGAUACUCAGCAAACCGGAAAUGAGUGAAUUGCGUUUUGAGGAGUUGGAAAUGAUUGCGAAACGCGAAGCCUUGCAACUGAGCACAGAACUGACACUUUUCACCUGCCUAGCCGACUGGAGCAUAGCGGAGUGUAGCCGUAAAAAAAUCGAUGCGACAGCGGAAAAUCGUCGUCGUGUUCUGGGGCCACUCUGUUUGACGCCACGUUACUGUCUGAUGACAGCUGCUGAGUUUCGUAAAGCGUGUGACCGUGUGGAACUAUUGAAUCCCCUAGAGACGUCCUUAGUUAGUGACGCCAUUGAAGGUAAAAAACUGAAGAAUUUAACACCCGAACAAAGUCAAUUAAUGGACAAGUUUCGAACGGCACGACCAGAGUUUGCCAAAAUGCCGAUACAUCUGAGCGAUCGCAGCAAUCCGAAAAACUAUCCGAAAAAGAUGAGACGAGCUGAAAAGGGUGUCACCGAAGAGGGAUGCUGGGAGAACUUUGGUCUGAACUGUCUGGCAGUGUUUGCGUGUAUUUUCGAUUGAGAAUAAAUUCUCCAUUAGAGAAAGAGAGAGUUAGGGUAUUGGAGAUGACUGCAAUACCUUGUACGAUUUUUCCAGUGAAACAUCAAUGUGAAGUCUUGACCCAUGGACGUUAGAUUUAGCAUUCACAUCGACUUUAAGUUCAUCAACCCAUCCAUCCAUGCAUCCUUUUGAGUACUUCUAAUUUCAGUUUUCAUUACUAUUUUCAGACACAAGUACUUACAAUCAUGUUCACACUCCCACACCUUCACUCAUGUAUUUCCUUCCAUCUCACCGUAGCCCAUGGACAACCCAGUGCAAUACCCUACAUAUGGUAUUUUAUAAAUUCAUUUAUGUAAACUGAUCAAGCAACAUGCAUUCGAGAUUAAGCAGCGAAUCUGGAUUUGUUUCGGAAUCUGAGUAUCUGUUACGUUUCAAAUUAAAUCAAUUCGUUAUAUUUGUUAGAAAUGAGUUUUUAUUGAAAUAUUUAAUCUACAUUGUUGAGAUGUUGACUCCAACGAGUCUGUGCUUUAUUUUCUAGUCAAAUUUGUUAUGUGUUUUCAAACACACACCCACACUCGCACACGCCUGACAUCCAGUAUCACAAUGGCAUACAAACAUAUUCAAGUUUAUUUAGUCUAGCAAAUAUUGUUAUUCCAUUAUUUUGUUAAUAAUUUAUUUUGAUAAAUGAAACCUCGUUUAGCGAUCGACAUAAAUGCAGGAGAAUGAAUGGAAGAGGAAACAGAUUGAAUUCGAGGUCAAGUUAUAUUUACAAGUCCUCGCACAAUACGAAUGCAGUUAAGCGAACACAUUUGGAGUCAAAAUACAUUUUAGCCAUAUUAAUAAUGUCAAUACACAAAUAUACACAUAUACUUACUUAUAUCAUAUACCCACACACACACACUCACACACUUGCAUACAUUUAUUGUAUUAGAACAUACAGAGAAUUUAGUUACAAGGAAUUAAUAAAAAACAAACAUUUUGUAAAUAAAAUUCUUAUUGAGCUUUCAAAA